CGCAUCAAGCAGUGAGAUCAUAUGUGAUAUAAAUAUCUCUUUGCCAGCAGAUCUGCUCCAGCUCCUGCAGCCGAGGGUAAUGCCCACCAGUGAAACAGCGAGUUACCUCAGAGCGCUGGAACAACAGCAAAAUGCUGGAAGUGGCCUAACACGCGCACAGACAGCUCUCUGGAAAGAAUGAACGUUCCUCUCCUGCUUUUACUCCUCUUUCAGUUGCCUCGCUCUGCAGUGCUUACGGGAUCUGAACGCGCGUAUUUGGAGCACCAACUUGUCGAGGAAGGGCGCGUAUCAGGGCGCAGGACUGGCAGACUGUACUGUAGAGUUGGAAUAGGUUUCCACCUUCAGAUUCACCUCGAUGGAAGAGUCAACGGGAGUCACGAACCUAAUCCGUUAAGUGUGCUGGAGCUUUUUGCCGUGUCUCAAGGGGUCAUAGGGAUCCGAGGGGUUUUCAGCAACCGAUUUCUAGCCAUGAACAAGAGGGGGAGGCUUCAUGCAACUGAGAGCUUUACAGAUGACUGUAAGUUCAGGGAGCGGUUUCAGGAGAACAGCUACAACACGUACGCCUCAGUGAUCCACAAGAACCAUCGCACUGGUAGAGAGUGGUUCGUGGCACUUAAUAAGAGAGGUAAAGCAAAAAUGGGGUCCAGUCCGAGAGUGAAGUCACAACACGUAUCUACACAUUUUCUGCCGAGGAUGAAUCUACAUGAAAAAACUGAACAAGGAUUCUCAAUAACAGACAAUGAGCAGGAAAAACAACCACCUCCACAUCCAUCAAAGCCCUCUAUACCAAAAGUCGCAGUCAUCACUGGAAAGAGGAAUCGACCGAUAGUCAAGUACUGGCCGAAGUUUCGAUUCGGAUAGACCAGUGCUGUCUUAAACAUGGACUAAUCUUGCAAAAACGACAAGCUGGGAAAAAGCUGGUUUGCUGAAGUAACAAGUUUUCUCUUUGAGAUGCUAUACUUGCUUAACUUUGACAAGAGCAUUCCAGUCAUCAUAUAUAUCACAUGGGCUGAAUGAGCCAAUCACGACACAUUUUCAGGAUGGAAUGAACUUCUGAAGUCUGGUGUGGAUAUCAUAAAGAUAUUUGAACUAAAAUUGCUUCACAAAAGGAUUUGCAUAGUUAUCCUCAGUGAUUUUACAAAAUAACUACAUUUUUUAUAUAAUUUACCUCACAGUAUUUAUACAAUAUUUAUGUCUCUAUGUUCAAGCUUUUUUGCACAAACAGUUAUCCAGCUCCUAAGAUUAUAAUGUUUGUGAUGGUAAAUAUAUUUUUUCAAAAGGUGAACAACAAUACAAGCAAAAGAAUGAAUAUUUUAAACGCUUCUGGAUUGAAUUAUGCACAUGGAUUGUUUAAUUGCUUAACAGAACGUCCAUAUUUCUGCUCUUUGAACAACUAGAUGUCUGUCCAUCAAAACUUUCAGUCUAACUGCUGACUGUCAUGGAAAUGAUAUCCUUUAAUGACCCCAGUGCAUU